GUGUGACAGCUUUUCCUGCUUGUAGAUUGGAACCGGGAGAGAGAGAACUCUGUUACUCGCUCCGUCUCCAACUUUCAGAGGAAGUUACCACCUCUUCCCCAGACCCUUUACACAUACUCAGGCAAACACACGCUCCCUUCAGGACUUGACCACAGCAGCAACAGAGCAACAGUCAAGGCUGCUUUUAAUGCCGUGCUCUUUUUUUCUUUUCUCUAAUUCAAAUUUUGGAGGGAAGGAAGAUUAAGAUUUGCAGUUUGCUUUCUGUGAGGACUGAACAGCUUCUCUCAAGAGUGACGGUUUAGAGAGAUGCUUGGUUUUGGGAAAACCUUCCUGUGCUACAAAGUCUGAUAUCUGGUCUUCAUCAAAGCGAGUCUGGGUGGCCAAAUCAACUAUUUAGCCUGAAGACCAAAGAUCACAAGCUGUGAUCCAACAGCAGAGAGAAAAGAGGAGCGUGAUAAUUUUGCAUCUGUUCUCCAACUUCUCAGAACAAUAUGAGCUGGAACUAAAGCUCCACAGUUUCAUUUUUGUGGUGUAAAAGAAGAAAACCGAGUCACCAUGGAUGUGAAGAAAAAGGAAAUGGACCUCCUAAGUAACAGCAUUGCUGCCUAUGCACACAUCAAAGCAAAUCCAGAGAGUUUUGGCCUUUACUUUGUGCUUGGAGUGUGUUUUGGCUUGAUACUCACACUCUGCCUACUGGUGAUUCGGAUCUCCUGCAAGCCACGCACUACCAUUACCCCCUCCACUCCUGAGAAAAAAAACUUAAAGGACAUCAACGAGGAGGAUGAGGACAGUGAUGACGAUGAUGAAGAUGAAGAAGUGGACGAUGUAGAGGCGACUGUUCCGUUGCCCACCACAGAAAUCGCUGUUGGCAAUCACACCAGCCAGUCGGAUGGGACACUGAGCGUGAAUGUGUUUACUUCAGCCGAAGAGCUGGAGCGUGCACAGCGACUGGAGGAGAGGGAACGCAUCAUCCGAGAGAUCUGGAGGAACGGCCAGCCAGAUAUCCUGGGGACAGGAACAGGAACUAUUGGAAGAGUGCAUUACUACUAAGAAACAUGAGGCUAAGGAGAGUGAGCCCUGAGGAGAUGAGACAUAGACUUUUGGGUGGGCCUGGUGUCCCUCAAGCCCAAAAACCUGCGUUAGAUACAAAGUGACUGGAAAUUAGUCAUAUUUGACAUACUUAGCUCUGACAGAGCAGACUGAGAUAUUGCACUUCUUAUGUAGCAUUGAUAAAUCUGACUGAUUAACCAAACCAAUGGAGGUCUCAAAGACUGAAUAAUUCAUAUGGAAGAGGUGUGGAGUGAAUGUGGGGAAUGAUGGGACACUUGAAGUAAUCAGUCUAUUAAACUUGGUGCUUAAUUACAGAAAUGAAAAGUAGAUUUGUGUAUGUAAUAAAUGAAAAAUGAAAGUGUCAAUAAGUAAAAAAAAGAACUGUUUGUUUAAACAAAGACUAUUUCCACUAACAAUUAUAGGAUAAUGAAUUUGCAGGAUAAAUCAAAGCACUUCAUGAGCAUAUAUACGUGUAUUCAACAACAUCAGAUACUGAAGUCCAAAGGUAUAUACUGAUCAGCUUCAAAAUGAAACUCUAUCUAAUUGUUGAUGUUCUUCCUGCACUGCUAAAACAGCUCUGAAAUGUGGAAGAAUAAAUACCACGUUUGUAAGGUUUGCUGGGAUGGGAGGAACAGGUACUGAAUUUUAAAAUAAAUCCAGACCUCGAAGUUUUUCAGGAAGAACAUUAGUGUUGGAUAUCAUGUUGCAUUAGUAUUGCAACAUGAUAUCCAGUGCUAUUGAUAUAUUAAUGCUGUGGCUGAUCGGUGUGUACAAAUCUAAUAUCAUAUAAAUAAAAUAAAAUAAGCAAACAUGUCAAAAUGUCAGACAAACACAACAAGAAUCACUACACCUUUGGGCCAUAAAUAUACUUUCAAUAAUAAUAAUAAAGAUGGAGAAAGAGAAAAAUAA